UUUUUAUCCCCCCCUGCACAGCCUCCUGUUUCCCACAAUGCUCAGCGAACAUCACCACCACCAAGAUGGCUGACGCGAUGGAGGAAUAUGAGAAAGAAGCUGGCUGCGUCCCUAUUCUCCAUCCCGAGGAAAUCAAACCCCAGAGUCAUUACAACCACGGCUACAGCGAGAAUGUCAGCCGUAAAAACCAUGUGGACGACUACAGCACCUGGGACAUUGUCAAAGCCACACAGUACGGCAUCUUCGAGCGCUGCAGGGAGCUGGUGGAGGCGGGCUUCGAUGUUCGGCAGCCAGACAAAGAAAACGUAACGCUUCUCCACUGGGCCGCCAUCAACAACAGGAUAGACUUGGUCAAGUACUACAUAUCAAAGGGAGCCAUAGUUGACCAACUGGGAGGAGACCUCAACUCUACACCUCUGCAUUGGGCCACCAGACAAGGCCAUCUAUCCAUGGUGGUGCAGCUCAUGAAAUACGGCGCAGACCCGUCUUUGAUCGACGGCGAGGGCUGCAGCUGCGUCCACCUGGCCGCCCAGUUCGGCCACACCUCCAUCGUGGCCUACCUUAUUGCCAAAGGACAGGAUGUGGACAUGAUGGAUCAGAAUGGCAUGACUCCUCUGAUGUGGGCGGCUUACAGGACACACAGCGUGGACCCCACCCGGCUGCUACUGACCUUCAACGUGUCUGUCAACCUGGGCGACAAAUAUCACAAGAACACAGCGCUGCACUGGGCUGUGCUGGCUGGCAACACCACUGUCAUCAGCCUGCUGCUGGACGCCAACGCUAACGUUGAUGCUCAGAACAUCAAGGGUGAAACACCGCUGGACCUCGCCAAGCAAAGGAAGAACGUUUGGAUGAUAAAUCAUUUACAGGAAGCGCGACAGGCCAAAGGCUACGACAGCCCGUCCUAUCUGAAGAGACUGAAGAUGGACAAGGAGUUCAGGCAGAAGGUGAUGCUGGGAACGCCCUUCGUGGUCAUCUGGCUCGUGGGUUUCAUCGCUGAUCUGGACAUCGACUCCUGGCUCAUCAAGGGCGUCAUGUACGCUGGCGUCUGGGUCGCUGUGCAGUUCCUCUCCAAGGCUUUCUUCGACCACUCCAUGCACAGCGCUCUCCCUCUGGGAAUCUACCUAGCCACCAAGUUCUGGAUGUACACCACCUGGUUCUACUGGUUCUGGAAUGAUCUCCCCUUCGCCACUGUCCACGUUCCCUUCCUGAUAAACACCCUGGCUCUGUUCUACAACUUCGGCAAAUCCUGGAAGUCUGAUCCGGGAAUCAUCAAAGCCUCAGAGGAGCAGAAGAAAAAGACAAUUGUGGAGUUGGCAGAGACAGGCAGCCUGGACCUGAGUAUAUUCUGCAGUACCUGCUUGAUACGGAAGCCCAUCAGGUCCAAACACUGCGCCGUGUGCAACCGCUGCAUCGCCAAGUUCGACCACCACUGUCCCUGGGUGGGGAACUGUGUUGGAAGCGGGAAUCACCGCUACUUCAUGGGAUACCUGUUCUUCUUGCUCUGCAUGAUCUGCUGGAUGAUGUACGGCUGCAUCUCCUACUGGAGGAUCCACUGUGCCACCAGUUACGCCAAGGAUGGUUUCUGGCUCUAUCUGACCCAGAUCGCCUCUUGCUCCCCCUGGAUGUUCUGGAUGUUCCUCAACAGCGUCUUCCACUUCAUGUGGGUGGCCGUGCUCAUCAUGUGUCAGCUCUACCAGAUCGCCGCUCUAGGAAUCACCACCAACGAGAGGAUGAACGCUCGGAGAUAUAAGCACUUUAAAGUCACAGCCACAUCCAUCGAAAGCCCUUUCAACCAUGGCUGUAUCCGAAACCUCAUAGAUUUCUUCGAGAUCCGCUGCUGCGGUCUGAUCCGGCCUGUGACGGUGGACUGGACCACUCAGUACACAAUAGACUACGACCAGACGUCUGGCUCAGGCUACCAGCUGGUGUAGAGGAGGAGGAGGAGGAUGAUGACGAAGAGGAAGGGGGGUGGGGAGCAGGGGGGGGGGAGGGGGAGUCGAGCAUCACCAGGUGGAAGGAAGUUUGGAAGGAUUUCCCUCCCCGCCCCUCCUUGGCGUUCAUAUCGGAGCGAUGCAGUUCUCGGGAGCGCUUGCUUUUUUUGGACCAUCUUCUCCCUCACCGAUCAAAAGACUUCAAAAAAAAAAAAAAAAAAAAAACAGAAAAAAAAAAUCAGCCAGGACUAGCAUGCUGUUACGGGGCAACACCACACCUACACCCACCCCCUUCCCUCCCUCCAUCUUCAUCACUAUUACUACUACUACUACUAUUACUCUGCAACAUCAGACUUCAUUACUGUACCUUCACAGCUGUUCACCCCCUCCACCUCGUCUCUUCUCCUGAGCCCUUGGGACGGUGCGUUGCUGCCAGGCACGAACGGAGAGGAGGGAGGCUGACAGACAGGAGGAAGUCUGAUUACUAAAUAAUAGCUCUUCUGUUUGUACUGGAGACGUGACGCUGCACACACGCAGCACCAUUACAUGGCAGUAUCGUUCUUCCCUUUCCCCACUUUAUAUCUUAUUUAUGGUGUCCCUGUUGAUGUGCCCUGUAUGUAUUUUUUGUUUUUGAUUGGUUCAGGAACUCUGCUGUUCCUGUGAUAACGAACUGUUGGUUACCAGCGAAGCUGAAGGAAAUUUUUUUGUUUUUUAAACCAUGAAUUUGUUUGAGUAUGAUUAGAGAUAAGGGAAUGUCAUUUUAAGGUCAUGAUUUUGCACCAUGAUGAAUUUAGUCAACCUGAUAAGGAUUUGCCAACUUAUCAGAGGAAAACGUUGAGUUACAGGUCGAACCGCUGGAGGAGUCCCACUUCUGACACUUCCUGAGAUAAUACUGCAUCCACUGAAUAUGAAAUUUAACUUUUUCCUUCCAUACAGCCAUCCACAUCUACACAUAGUCAGCUGAUUCUUUUUUUUUUUUUUUUUUUAGUAAAGUCAAAGUUAGUGUGCAGUAUGAACAGAGUUAAGUGCAUGAACUGGGACUUGUUCAGCGGCGACCACUGUAGACGUGACAGGAAAUAUCCUACAGACAAUGUGAUACAGGUAUAUUUAUUUUAAAACUAUUUAUAAAGUAACUAUGUUCUAGCGCCAUCAUUUUUACAUUUCACAUCAUUUUAGCUGAGUAGGUUUUUAUGAGAAAAAAAAAUUAUUAAAGAGUACCUGUAGCUGUUUGACAUGGAAGCCCGAGAAUUUCAUAAAACUCUAUAGAGACGUGCAGCGAGUGUAUUUAUUAACAACAGAGUUGAGUUUAAGAAAAAGAGAACAAUCUAACGCCGCAGAAGGACAGACGAGUUUACAAAAAAAGGUUCAUUCCAUGUGUUUUUCUCAAGAAGCUGUAAAGUCUUAUGUGUUUUGUGUGUCUUUUGUCUGCCUACAACAUUGCACUGAUUAUUUUUUUAGUCUUUUUUUUUUUUUUUUUUUUUUUUUUUUGGCCGUUACUGAACAGAAGGGCCCAGACUGACGCUUCCAUUGUUUACAGAGAGGAAGAGGAGGGGCCCAUCAGACAUGGCCGCCUCCUAUCACUUCCUGUCUGGAUCCCCGCGCAGUCAGCUCCGCAGCAGCAGCAACAGGAUGGACUGAAGUGUAAAGAAUGUGUAUCUGUACAUAAACAAUCUAGAAAUCAUUCUCCGUAACUUGUUUUUUCUUUUCGUAUGUGUUUUUUUUUGGUUUUUUUUGUUUGUUUUUUUCCAGUUUGGGGGAUUUCUUCUUACCAAACGUAACGAAGAAAAUGAAGUGACUAUAUUCCAAGUGUAUGACUGUAGCUUUUAGUGAUGUCCGACACUGCUGUCUAUAGGCAUUUUAACCCCGAAAUAACCCCCCCUCCUCCCCUUCAUUUCCCUGCCAAGAAACUCCACUGCAUGUACGAUGCUUGGGACUGCUGGGCUUUCGCCGUCCCCGUCGAUCCAACCCCAUCGCCAUCACCAUGGUGACAGCCCGGCGAGCCACGUGUCUGUAUAUAGUGAAUGUUAAGUAUUUGCAAGUAUUUUUCUGCAUUAUGUUCAUUUGUCCGUUUGUUUUUUUUUUAUAGUUUUUUUUUUUUCUCUCUCUCUCUCAAAUCCAGUGUGUGUAUCUUUUAGUGAAAGUCGUCUUCAGGUGGCCAGAACUCCGGUCAGGCCCUCCUGUGCAAGUGUGUAAUAUAUUUGAAUGUUCCAUGCUUGUGGACUCUGUAGUCAUCCUAAAGGGGUUUUUUCUGUCAUAUAUCGCUGGGUUUGUUAUACCACUGGAUGUACAAAUUGUAAAGCAAAGACACUAGACUCUAAGGCAGACGCCAAUUUUUUUUUUUUUUUAAUUUUUUUUUUUUGGUUUUCUAAAAGCUGAAAUGUGAUCAUGCAAUAGUUUUAAGGAUAGAGGGAGCCUCCGAAACUUUUGGGCCUCAUGUUUGCAUCAUCAGAAGGGGACGGUCAUGUCGUCAUUCUACGUUUUACUCCCCCCCCCCCCCCCCCUACCC